AUGAGAAAGGCUAUAAAAAAGAAUUUUAUAAAAUUUACAGGAAGACUUGGAUUUGGCUCACAAAAGAACAAUGAAAUUGAUGAGAAUGCAACAGAUGAACAAAUUAUAUCAGAUGAACCAAUUGAAACAAUCGAUCAACCAAUUAAAUUAGAGAAUGGUGAAUUUGAUCAACUUAUACAAUCAUUUAAACAAUAUUUAUCAACUUGUAUAAUUAAAGAAAAUAAUAAUAUAGAUAAAAAUAAUGAAAGUAAUUCACCUCAAAUAAUAAUUGAUGAAGAUUAUAAUGAUAAUUAUGAGAUAUUAUUUGAUCUAGAUUAUUUUAUAAAUGGUGAAUUCGAACCAUUAGAUAUACAUCAUAGUGGCAAUCAUCAUAGUCAUCAUCAUCACCAUCAUUCAACUACCCCAAAUUCGAGUAGUCUAAGUGUAAAUAAAUCCUCUAUAAUAAAUAGUAAUGAAAGUGGUGAAUUUAAUAAUAAAAAUAGAAAACAACAACAACAGCAACAACAACAAAGAUUUAAUAUAAAUAUACCAAAUGAUUUAAUACAUUCAAUAUUUUUAUGUAUAAUUUCAAAUUCAAAUAUGUUAAUUGAUACAACAGCAUUUACAAAUAGAACAAGAAAUAGACGUCGUACAAAAGGGAAAUCAAAUAAACAACAUCACCAUAAUCAAAAUUAUUUUUCAACUGGCUAUAUAUUAUCAAAGAUUAUACCUUUGAUGUCUGGAUUAACUUGUGCCUAUAUUUCAUGUACCAAUACUACAUCACCUGAAGAAUUAGUUAAAAGAAUAUUUUUAAAAUUACCUCAAAAAAAAACUGAACCUUAUAAACAACAACCACAGCAACAACAAAGUCAACAACAAUUAGAAAAGUUAUUAUCAUUACAACAACAACAACAACAACAACAAAACCAAAUUAGCCAAACAUCAUAUAUAACAAAACAAGUACUGGAAAAUAAUACACCAAAUUCAAUAUCAAGAUCAACUUCAAAUGCCUCUUCUGCUUAUCAAAAUAAUGCUCAAUUAAAUAAUACAAAUACCAAUAACAUCCAAUUAACACCACCAAACAAAGGAUUAAAUAAGCAGCAACAACAAAAUCAAAUAAAUAAUAAGGUUAAAAUACAACAACAACAACAACAACAACAACAAGAAUUUAAUAAAGAUUAUGAAAUGGUAGAUAUAUUAAUAGUUGAUGAUAUGGAUAUUGCACCACUUGCAACUAGAUAUACUUUACUUCAAAUGAUGUCAUAUAGAAAAGUUGCAUUUAAAGGGUCAACCUAUAAUACUCCAAAAGAUUUUACAAUCAUUGCAACCAUUAACUAUAAUAGUAAUAAUAGUAAUAAUGAUGAAAUUGAAUCAUUAUCACCUUUAAUGUUGGAUAACUUUUUAUUAAAUUAUAAAUUAUUAGAAAGAUUAUUUAUACCAAAACUAAAAAUUAAUUUAAAUAAUCAUUUUAAUAAUAAUAAUAAUAAUAAUAAUAAUAAUAAUAAUAAUAAUAAUAAUAAUAAUAAUAAUAAUAAUAAUAAUAAUAAUAAUAAUAAUAAUAUAAAUAUAGAAAAUUAUGACAAUAAUAAUGAAGAUAACAAUAUAAAUAAUGAUAGUAGUGAUAAUGACAAUAGUAAUAAUAAUAAUAAUAAUAAUAAUAAUAAUAAUAAUAAUAAUAAUAAUAAUAAUAAUAAUAAUAAUAAUAAUAAUAAUAAUAAUAAUAAUAAUAAUAAUAAAAAUAAUAAAAAUAAUAAUCAUUAUAUAUUAGCACCAUAUAGAAUUAUAGGUUUAAGAGAUAUUUAUUUAUCAAAACAAACUUAUAUAUCAAAUGAUAUUGAUCAAUAUAUUCGUACUAUUAUAGUUAACCUUAGGAAUCAUCCAUUGGUAACAUUUGGACCAUCACCACGUGCCACUCCAAAUUUUAUAUUAGCUUCCAAAUCAUUAGCUUUAUUAUCUGGUAAAAAUUUUGUAACACCAACUCAUAUUCUUUCAAUUGCAACUCAAGUUUUAAAUCAUAGAAUUUUCUUAUUUAAUCCAUUCUCUUCAAUUGAUGAUAAUCAUAAUAAUAUUAUUAAUAACAAUAACAAUAAUAAUAAUAAUAAUGUUAAUAUUAAUAGUAGUGCAAAUAUCUAUAAUAGCUUUAAUAAUAGUGUUAAUUAUAAUAAUAGUGAUGAUGAAAGAUUAUCACCACUCCAUAUAAUUUCACCAUUAUUAAAUUAUGAAUCCACUUUAAAUGAAAACCAAAAACAACUUAAUAAUAUUAAUAAUAAUAAUAAUAAUAAUAAUAAUAAUACAAGUUUAAAAUCACUUAAAGAGGCAACAUUAUUACCACCACCCCCAAUUGAAAUCACAAGUGCAUUCAGUGGUAAUAAUAAUGAUAAUGAUCUAUCGUUUAGAUCCACUGGUCAUAAACAAAAGGUAGCUUUUAGUAAUGAACUACAAUCUUCAAAUCAACGUAAUCAACAACAACAACAACAACAACAACAACAUCAACAAAUAUCAACCGAAUCCUAUUGCUAUGACUCUUUUCAAAUCAUUAAAAUUAUGUUAGAAAAUAUACCUCCACCUAUAUAA